GAGAGGGAGAGGGGGAGGGAGAGAGAUAGGGAGAGAGAGAGAGCUGUGUCUGUGCUCUUACGGCAGCAGCGCUGGAGUGUGUGUGUGAGAGAGAGUGUGUUUGGCGCAGUCAUACAGAUGCAGUGUGUGUGUGUCCUGACAGCAGCAUGUGAGUGAGUGUGUGUGUGUGUCUGUGUGUUUUGUGAGCAGGUGUUUUCGCCAGGCAUCAGAGGGAGGGACACACACACCCUCCAAAUGAGCAGCAGCACGGAGGCGGCCGGACUAUUUGCCUUUUUCUUUCGUUUUUUGUUCUUCUUCUUCCUCAUCGUGGUCGUGGGAGGUGCUUUCUCCUCUCAUCUGCUCGUGCUGUCCAUCAUCUGCCUGCUCGUCUAUUUCUCCAUCUAUCUCAUCUAUAAUUUCUCUGAUUUGUGAGCGGAGGACUGUGUGCUCUCACCUCUUCUUCUCUUCCUCCUAAGAUUGUUUGAUUGUAGUUUUUUUUCUGCUUCUCUUUCCCUGUCUUUCAUUCAUUGAUCUGCUGCUCUUUCUGAUAUUAUUCAUGCACCAGCACUCAUGUGUGUGUGAAUAAUUAAUCUGUUCAUUAAUAGAGAGUCUGAUCAGACCACAUAUACUGUGUGUGUGUGUGUGUGUGUGUGUGAGAGACCCUCCAUCAUCCUCCGCGUGUCUCUCUGCGGUCGUCUGUUAUCUGUGUCUGAGAGGACUCGCGCUGGAUGAGGGUUUGGAUGCAGCUCUUCUCUUCUGUUUCUCCUGAGGAGACUCGCUCGCUCGCUUCAUUCAUGAGUCUGGACUGCGCCGCGUCUCCAGAUGAGCAGACACACGCGCCUCUUUCUGCUCUUUUACAACUGGACUAAAUGCGGAGUGAAGCCGGUUUAGCAGAGGUGAAUGUGAACGGAUCGCCGAGCCGCCGGAGGACGUGUGCACUGUUCGAUGCUCUGAAACCAGGACACUGAAGAUCAGCAGUUCCAGAGGACACACACACACACACACACACACACACACAAGAAAAAGAGAGAUACUGCAGACCGACUGCUAUCAGUGUCCACAGUAGGGUAUGAGAGCGCUACAGCAUCAUGUGGUUUCUGAGAUGGAGGAGUGAGAGUUUGGCUAAAAACACACAAGGAUCUUCACUCCUCCAUCAUGUCCAUCUGCAUUUACCGUGGCUUAGCUCCACCCUCUCAGGAAAGGCGGGCGUGGCUUCAUAUUCUGGCUCCGCCCCCACGUCACUGGCCCCGCCCGUCGCUGCAGCAGUUGUUGGCCGUGUGUCUGCUGCUGCUGCUGCCACUGGCCGUCCAAUCACGGCGCGAGCGAGGCGGAGGGGGCGUGGCCCACUAUAUCCCAUCAUCAGUGGCUCAGUAUCCGCCCGUCUCCAAGCUGAUGCAGGGCCUGAGCAUCGCAGUGGUGCUGGUGGGGAACUCCAGUGAAGUGGCGCUCGCCGGCAUGCGUGACAAAGACGACUUUGGCCACAUGCCACUGGCGCCCAGUGUUGAGAUGGUCACAAUGAAUGAGACAGACCCCAAGAGCAUCAUCAAGAGCAUCUGUGACCUGAUGACGGAGCACUGGCUGCAGGGCGUGGUGUUCGGAGACGACACCGACCAGGAGGCCAUCGCACAGAUCCUGGACUUCAUCUCCACGCAGACACACAUCCCCAUCCUGGGAGUGAAGGGAGGCUCCUCCAUGAUCAUGGCCGCUAAGGACGAUAACUCCAUGUUCUUUCAGUUCGGACCCUCCAUCGAGCAGCAGGCGUCCGUCAUGCUCAACAUCAUGGAGGAGUACGACUGGUACAUCUUCUCCAUCGUCACCACAUACUACCCCGGCUACCAGGACUUUGUUACUAAGAUCCGCAGCACCAUUGAGAACAGUUUUGUGGGCUGGGAGCUGGAGGAGGUGCUGCUGCUGGACAUGUCUGUGGACGACGGAGACGCUAAGAUCCAGAACCAGCUGAAGAAGCUGCAGAGUCCCGUCAUCCUGCUCUACUCCACCAAAGAGGAGGCCAACAUCAUCUUCCAGGUGGCACACUCCGUGGGGCUGACGGGCUAUGGCUACACCUGGAUCGCCCCGUCUCUGGUGGCAGGAGACGCCGACCACAUCCCGGCCGAGUUCCCCACAGGCAUGAUCUCAGUGUCGUACGACGAGUGGGAUUACGGUCUGGAGGCACGUGUCCGUGACGGUGUAGCUGUGAUCGCCUCGGCCACCUCCACCAUGAUGAUAGAACGAGGGCCACACACACUGCUCAAGUCUGAGUGCCACGGGGCCCGGACAAGAAGAGCCCCAUCAAGCCCCAUCAGCAACGAGGUGCUCAGGUAUCUGAUGAACGUGACGUUCGAGGGCCGGAAUCUCUCCUUCAGUGAGGACGGCUAUCAGAUGCACCCCAAACUGGUGAUCAUCCUGCUGAACAAGGACAGACAGUGGGACAGAGUGGGUAAGUGGGAGAAUGGCUCUCUGUCGAUGAAGUUUCACGUGUGGCCACGGUUCGAGCUCUACUCUGGGACGGAGAGCCGAGAGGACGAUCAUCUGUCCAUCGUGACGCUGGAGGAGGCUCCGUUCGUGAUGGUGGAGGACGUGGAUCCACUCAGCGGCACCUGCAUGAGGAACACGGUUCCCUGCCGCAAGCAGCUCAAAACACUGAAUAAGACGGGGGAUUCUGGCAUCUACAUCAAGCGCUGCUGUAAAGGCUUCUGUAUCGACAUCCUGAAGAAGAUUGCCAAGUCUGUGAAGUUCACCUAUGACCUUUAUCUGGUCACCAAUGGCAAACACGGCAAGAAGAUCAACGGCACGUGGAAUGGGAUGGUGGGAGAGGUGGUGCUGAAGAACGCUCACAUGGCUGUUGGCUCGCUGACCAUCAAUGAGGAGAGGUCAGAGGUCAUUGAUUUCUCCGUGCCCUUCAUAGAGACGGGCAUCAGUGUCAUGGUGUCUCGGAGCAAUGGAACCGUGUCUCCGUCUGCGUUCCUCGAGCCGUUCAGUGCAGACGUCUGGAUCAUGAUGUUCGUAAUGCUGCUGCUGGUUUGUGCCAUUGCCGUAUUCAUCUUCGAAUACUUCAGUCCCGUGGGCUACAAUCGCCGUCUCAUUGACGGCAGAGAGGCCGGAGGUCCAUCAUUCACCGUCGGAAAGGCCAUCUGGCUGCUCUGGGGUUUGGUCUUCAAUAACUCUGUGCCAGUGCAGAACCCCAGAGGAACCACCAGCAAGAUCAUGGUGUCCGUCUGGGCCUUCUUUGCUGUGAUUUUCUUGGCCAGCUAUACUGCUAACCUGGCCGCAUUUAUGAUCCAGGAAGAGUAUGUGGACCAGGUGUCAGGCCUCAGCGAUAAAAAGUUUCAGAGACCCAAUGACUUCUCCCCGCCGUUUCGCUUCGGGACCGUGCCCAACGGCAGCACCGAGAGAAACAUCCGCAAUAACUACAGAGAGAUGCACUCCUACAUGGUCAAAUUCCACCAGCGCAACGUGGAUGAAGCGCUGUACAGCCUGAAGACCGGGAAGCUGGAUGCCUUCAUUUACGACGCGGCGGUGCUGAACUACAUGGCGGGCCGGGAUGAGGGCUGUAAGCUGGUCACCAUUGGCUCCGGAAAAGUGUUUGCUUCCACCGGCUAUGGCAUCGCUAUCCAGAAAGACUCAGGCUGGAAAAGACAGGUGGACCUCGCCAUCCUGCAGCUCUUUGGAGACGGUGAUAUGGAGGAGUUCGAGGCUCUCUGGCUCACCGGGAUCUGCCACCACGAGAAGAAUGAGGUGAUGAGCAGUCAGCUGGACGUGGACAAUAUGGCGGGUGUGUUCUACAUGCUGGGUGCUGCCAUGGCUCUGUCGCUCAUCACCUUCAUCGCUGAACAUGUCUUCUACUGGCACCUGCGCUUCUGCUUCAUGGGCGUGUGUAAUGGGAAACCAGGGCUCACCUUCACCAUCAGCAGGGAGAUGUACAGCUGCAUUCAUGGAGUAGAAAUCGAAGAUAAGAGUUCAGCACUCAAUUCACCCUCGGCUACCAUGAACAACACACAUUCGAAUAUCCUGCGUCUGCUGCGCACCGCCAAGAACAUGGCAUCCCUCUCCGGGGUCAACGGCUCCCCACACAGUGCACUGGACUUCAUCCGCCGAGAGUCCUCUGUGUAUGACAUCAGCGAGCACCGCAGAAGUCUGGCCGGACACUCAGACUGCAAGGCCCCAUACCUGCCUGAUGACAACAUGUUCAGUGACUACAUCAGUGAGGUGGAGCGCACCUUCGGCAACCUGCACCUGAAGGACAGUAACCUGUACCAGGACCCCUACCUGCACCACCACGGGGGCUCCACGCUGGGGCUAACGGGCCCCAACCGGCCCCACAGCCUGGGCUCCAGCAGUUCUCUGGAGGGCGGCAUGUUUGACUGUGACAGCCUUGGAGGUGGCGUAGGCCCCAUCUUUACCACACAGCCACGUUCUGCACUAACGCACAGGAACAUGAGCAAAUUUGACCUGCUUCAGAGCCAGACUCCUACGUCUGGGCCAGGACUGAAGCAGGGACUGGCUGACCUGUACGGAAAGUUCUCCUUUAAAGGUGGAGCUUCCAGUUCGGGCUACAUCGCAGGGCAAGACCGGUUCUGCGGUGGUGCAGAGGACGGAAACAUCCGCUCUGAUGUGUCUGACAUUUCCACUCAUACCGUCACCUAUGGCAAUUUAGAGGGAAACGCAAAGAAACGCAAGCAGUAUAGAGACAGCUUGAAGAAGCGUCCAGCAUCAGCAAAGUCCCGUAGGGAACUCGACGAGAUCGAGUUGGGUUACCGCCGCCGCCAGCAUCACCACCACCACCACGGGCACCGCUCGGCGUCGCCUCCGUCCGAGCGCAAACGAGGUGUGAGCUCGACCUCAUAUCUGCUACAAGACAAGGAAAGCCUGAGGGAUUUCUACCUGGAUCAGUUCCGACCCAAGGAUGGCAUCCCUCAGUGGGAGCAUGUGGAUCUUACCGAUGGCCCCAGCGGUGGAGGAGGAGGAGGCAACUGCACCAGUUUGGUGUCUGUAGACGACUUCCUGAAGAGCAAACCCAAGAAACCGGAGAGCAGCGACCGGGAAUGUCGCAGCUGUCGGGCCAGCAGCGCAGGCAGCAAGCACGGAGCUGGAGUUCUGCAUGUAGGAAGUGGCUGCGUGGCAUCGGGAGCCGCAGGAAGAGUUGGAAGCAGCCGUCCCAGUUCUGCCACUUGCAUGCGAUGUGAAGCCUGCAAGAAGUCUGGAAACCUGUACGAUAUCAGCGAGGACAGUAACCACCUGAUGGAGCAACUGGGAGGCAGUAAAGGCCAGACGCCAGCGCAGCGCCGCAGGGCCUUCAGCGGGAAGCCGCUACGCCGGCAACACUCCUACGAUGCAUUCGUAGACCUGCAGAGAGAAGAGUUUAGUGGGAUGGGUGUGCCGCCUGCAUUAUGUGCAGUACCACCGCCACGCAGCGUCAGCCUCAAGGAGCGGGAGCGCUGCAUGGAUGCCUCCUUCGCACACAUAUUCGAGCAUCCCGAGCAAGGCACGGAGCAAGACCCGCUGUUCUACGGAGCCGCCGUGAGGGGCGCAGGAUCGCCGUUUGGGUUGCAGAAUGCACCGCAUCGGCGCUCGGUGGGAGAGAGGGAUCUGAGAGACAGAGGACUCCUGGAGGGGCCUGUUCAUGCUUUAUCUAAAUCCCUCUAUCCCGAUCGAACCGACCACAACCCCUUCAUCCCUACAUUCGGAGAUGACCAGUGUCUGCUGCACGGUGCCAAGUCCUACUAUGUUACCAAGCAGCAGUCGCAGCACGGGGAUUUGCUCAGCCCCAUGGGCUUCCCUGCAGAGCUGUGCAUGGGGAACCACCACACCAGCAAGCUCAGCCUCGGUCCGCCUCGACCGUUCACCGGCAGCAACGGACACGUGUACGAGAAGCUCUCUAGCAUAGAGUCUGAUGUGUGAGAACCAGUCCAGAUUUUAGCAGGACACACAGAACUCGAAAGAACUGAAAAUGUCAUUUCCUGUGAAGUUGACGUUUGCACCGUUGGGUUCAUCUCCACGAGCUGGUGAGAAGAACGAGAGCAUAUCCAUCUGCCGAGUCAGAUGGCCAACAGAACAGCCCAGUCCUGUACCCUUGUCUUUUGUGAAGAUACAAUCAUGAAAGCAUAAUAAAUGCGCAUUGAUUUUUUUUUUUUUAAACAGGGUAAUAACUUUGACUCAGAGAAGUUGUGAAGACACUGCUGACUGGUAAUCUAUUGUUGAAAUUGGGUUUCAUUUGUCUGUUUU